AUGCGAAGACACCUCGCAUUCAUCGGAUGCCCAAUUUCGCUCUUUUUUCAGGUGUAUUUGAUAGGAACGGCGCAUUUCUCGCCCGACAGUCAACAAGAUGUGCUCACGACAAUUGCAAAUACGCAACCAGAUAUGGUUAUGGUCGAGUUGUGCCCAUCGAGGAUCUCCAUUCUUUCAAUGGACGAACAAACACUUCUACAUGAAGCGAAAAAUCUGAAUAUGGAGAAAAUUUGUACGACCAUUAAACAGAGUGGUUUCGUGCAAGGCAUCCUUCACGUGCUGUUACUUUCCAUGUCCGCACACUUCACGAAGGAGUUGGGUAUGGCUCCUGGUGGCGAAUUUCGUGCCGCACAU